AUGGGAAGCGCGUCGUCAGCAUUUUCAUCUCGUAAGGCGAGAGUCUCCGGAUCAACAACCUCCGCGUCCACGUCACCAGCGCUGUCGCCCGACAACACCCAGGGUACAGCACAUAACACUGGUGCUUGACCUCGACUGCAAUUAGAUUUUAUACUUUUUUUGCGACCCAACAUCAAUUAUCAUUUCUACGCAAGCAGCACUGGAGUACCACUUGCUAGUUGUUAUAAUAUAGAAAUAUAUUAGGAUCAUGAUCAAGAUGAUCUACAUCUUCUUUUUCAUCGAAUUCCUGGUGGAACAACACACAUCAGCCUGGACACCCAUCGUCGAGGACACAGCUGGAGAGAGCAUGGGAGCCCAAUCCGCCGCCGCCCGGGUCGAACCGGGGCAUACCCGUGAGUUCUACGAUCCUCUGCUGACAAAGAUGGAACCAUUAAUCCAGAAAGAUAGUACUAUCCUGGUCGAAUAUUUCCGCUUUGAUUGCGUAUCAUGCUUAUAUAUGUUCCAGGUCGCGGGGCGACGGUACUCCCCCCUAGCGUAGGGGGGGGGCACCGUGCCGCCCUGGACCCCUUUUGAAAGCGUCUGCCGGGGGUGAAAGGCCUCAAAAGGGGGCCAAGUGACCUCCCUCCUCCGCUCCCUUCCAGCUGCCUGGCCGUGGCCUACAGGCCUCCGGCUUUAGGCGGGAGGCUUCAAAAGGGGCCCAAGGGAUCGCCUGCGCCCCCGUCGGGGGCCUGCCUGUGCCCUGAGUGCCUCCGAUAUGCUUCGCCGCCGCAGCAGUGCGCCGGCUGUGCAAGUCUUCUGAAGGCGGCAAAAGGCGAGGGGCUGGACCCCCUGAGCCGUGCAGCCUGUGCCCUCCGGGCCCUUGGCCACCGGCUUGCGAUGCUUGCUCUUGCGACCGUGGCCGCCCUCGGCGGCCUUUUGCCCCGGCGCUCUCCUGCCUGCGAGGGUCAGCAGAGGCCAGGAGGUCUCUUAGGAGCCCGCUGAGAGGCGCAAGGGCAGGCCCGCGCCAAGUUUUGACGCCUUCCACCAGUAGAAUCCGCGAAAAUCAGCGCGGAAAAGCGCGCGCGCGCCACCACAAACCAUACCACAGGGGGGGGGGCACCGUGCGGCCCUGGUGCGUCGUAUAUAGGUAUAGCAUUUUUUGCCGACUCUUACUACUUAACUAAUUUCAUUUGUUGUCAAGUGGAAGUAAAAGUAUAGACCGUCUGUUUGAUAUGUUUUUAUAUUUUCACAUGGGAAUUUGUCUUCCUAACAAACUAACUUCAGUGGAGUGGAAUAUCAACAACAAGAGGCGGACUCGUCUAUAUGUAGUCGACGAAAAUCUGGUCGCGAGCUGGGUUGUCGAAGCACUCCAGAAGGACUACCAGGAGGAAUAUACUAUGAACAUCUGAGGUGAAAUAACGCCGAAGCCUAAUAGUUCCCUCCAUCCCCGUAGCUCUCUCACCCGUAAGUCGUAGAUAAUCCGAAUACUUAGAUCAAUGUUGCUCCCAUGCAUUGUGCCGCUAAUGAUCGUGUGGACGCUGGCACAGCUAAAAAAAAGCUCUCGGACAUCUGCAAGGCCUACGUGAAUUACAUAAGGGACGCAUGGAGCUCCGAGAGCUACAGGUCUAGGCAGCAUUUUACGACUUCGGACUUCCCAGGGCUUUUUCGUAAGGCACGGGAGCACUUUCUUCAGGAGAAUUUGGAGGCUUUGCGGCCUUCGAGUUUGGGUCAAACCAGGGAAUACAAUACAAUACAAUACAAGCUGGGCGAUCGUAUUUCUUUUACUUCUUGAAGUGAAAUAGAAAUGGCGCUUCUAACUGUCACACUUUUUUUCGUUAAGCGCAACGGUUUGUGUUUGGGAGUAGUUGUCGAGUGAAGAUUCAGAUCAGCAAAAAUGUAUGUCAAUGCCCAGAUCCCGAAUGCAAACGUAAGAACAAAGUAACUAGAUCACCAGGAGGAUAGUGAUGAAGAUCAUGGUCACCACUAGGAUAAUGAUCAAGAUCAUAAUCACCAUUAGGAUCAUGAUCAUCAACAACGAACAACACAACGAUCAAACCACUAGCACCAUUAGGAUCAUGAUCACACUACUAGGCUGACUAUCUUACUAAACUAAACAACUACCAUGACCACACAAGAAGACAACAACAACAAGGAGCAAAAACCACAAUCACGAUUCUCAUACUGAUAUCAGUGACCGGCCAUUUGGGCUAUUGCAUAAAACAAAGACAGUCACGCUAUUGCCGUGAUAUAAGAGCGAUUGUGUGUCAAGGGUGCCACUGUGUUCGCUACUUCAUAAAUGGUAGCGGAGAGUAACUAGCUUAAUCGCUUUGCAUUCUUAGAAAAUUUUUAAGUAACUUUUGCCAGUUGCUAUAAAAGAUUUUUUUUUCAGACGCAAAUAACAUCCGUUAACGGAGCAACUUUAAUUGAUUUGUUUUUCUUUUCUGAAAUAGCAUGGUGAUCCGCCUAGGGCCCGACUACGAUUAGAAACGCAAAAAUUUCCCAUCUCGGAAGCCACGGACAUUCUGUCGCGUGGAUUCCACUCGAGUGAAAUUUUCGCACCCCGACUGCCCGCUUGGAGAUUUUUUUCUCGCAAGCACCCGCUCGAGGAGCAAACCAAAACUGUUAGGUAGAUAAGAUUCUCACGCAAAAGUUUUCGCUGUCCUGUAGGUCUUUUGUCUCGGAGAUCAAGAGUCAUUGUCAGGCAAGCAAGCCUUGUCGACAUCGGCUGCUUCUCACGGACAUCAACCGACGGAGAGGAAAUCCAUAAGCGGAGAUCCAACCCACCAACAGCCCGGGUUUGAGCUCCAGCCCCGAGCAGAACAACGGUGGGAACAAGGGAGAAGGAACCGCCACAAGGAUAAAGUCUACAGUUCUUCACCAGGUAGAGACAGUUGCGAAGAUUGCCAUUGUCAGGAGUUAAAAUCUCCGACAGCAAGGCCUUUCUUACGCACUACACCAGGGAAGUCCAAAAAGACAGGAACCCCUCCCCCAGCAAGCACACCCCCCCCCGGACACCAAGAUGUCGAAGAAGAUCGACCCUUGGCUCCCCGGAGUCUCUUGGCGAGACUACAGACGCGACAUUCUUCUCUUCGUUGAGUCAACCGAACUCGCCGAGGACAAGAUAUGCGCUACAGUCAUCGCCAAGGGCUUCAAGCCGAACUACGAAAAGUGGUAUCGUGCCGCGCUCCAGAUGCCAGCGCACUGGCGUACACAAAAACAAGACCCGGCCUACGACAGCGCUGAUCCAGCAGAGAGGACCGCAAUACGGGACUUCAAACCCGUGCAGCGCCUCAUCCUCUGGAUGGAUCGCCAAACAGAGUAUUCGGAUCCUAUUGAGGCCGCAAUGCGGUUUAUCAGUAUCUUCCGAUAUCAGAGAACGGCCGGACAGGACAUCACGGCUUGGCUACACAACGUUGCCGAGCGCGUGAACGAGGUAAAAAGAGAGGGAACUUUUGCCGCGCAUAUGACGGACGCCGUCUUGGUCCUCUUGCUAUACUGCAACGCAGGACUAACAACGCUACAGCGCCAGGGUAUUCGCCAAAACUCCGAUUUGGCGAAAGCAGGACAGACAGGGCACAGCUCCGAAGUGAUGACCCAACUACUAAAGCGCGUAGCAGCCGAUGACGCGUCGGCAAAAGAACACGGCCACGCCGUUGACGAGCAGGGAGAUGCUGUCAUGGCUUACAACAACAAGUUUCAAGGCCGCAAGCCUUGGACGCCCAAGCGUGGAGUACCACAAAGGCAGCGAAACGGAGGUGGCAGAGCCUACGUCGCCGGAGAAGGCCCAGAGCAGGAGCUCACAGAGCACGACGACGAGGACGAAGACCACGACGGGGAAGAACAGUCACCGGGGGCGCACACCGAAGAAGAGGGUGACGAAGAAGAAGACGACGACGAGGUAGCAGCCUACCUGGCAAGCAACCAGUGCCGCCGCUGCGGGAAGACGGGACACUGGGAAAAGGAUUGCCGACAGCCCAAGAAGUGGGGCGGCAAUAAUAACAGCAGACCAGGUGGCAACAACAACGGCAGCCAAGGCUACCGUCGUCAAGGAGGUUACAACAGUAACAAAACAGGCAACAGCGGCAACUACGGUGGCCGCAAGCCCAACGGGGGAGGAAGACAAAACAAAACCUACACAGCAAACUUAUCGCACCAGAUCAGUUUGCUAGCAAAGGUAGAACCAGUCGAAGCAGCAAUCGACACCGGGUGCGGCGUAAGCUGCGUGCCCGAACCAAGGUUCAACGACUUUCGCAACAUGUACCCAGGGCGUGUUUUGAAAGUUGAAGAGGAAGCUGCAGGGGGCAGCAUUUCGUUUGGAAACGGCGAUGGAUGUCCAGUAACGAAGCGAGCGACGGUGAAUAUUGAAGGUUUCGGUCCGCGAAUCUUCCGUAUUUUCAGCCCGCCCAAAGGACUAACGCCGAACCAAGAAGCAGACAUGCAGCAACGCAUUUCAAGAGUGCCAUUCUUAUUAGGCAAUGAUAGUCUUGGAAGUGAGGCUAUUAUUGACUACGGGAAGAACACUCUGAAAGUCGGAAAGAAGAGUUUGAGUUUUCGCCGCCGCGGAGGUCUUAUCAUGUUCAACAUGGUAGGCAACACACAGGCAAACUUCGCAUACGAUAUCUCCGGAAAUCUAUGCUCGUUUGCAAAGUACGCAGCCGCUACGAACGCAAGCCAGGGAGCGGCUUGGGCAGCCAAAUUUAAGAUUGCCAAGAUCUUAAUGUGGAUCAUGUUCAUGCUGCUUAUGCUAGCAGGUGACGUGGAAGCCCAACCAGGACCCGUGACUGUACAUCACUGGGCAGACGAGCACGUGUGUUGGCGCGGCGAGUGGCAACGCUCGGACCUAGAAGAGCUGUGCAAAGAUGCAGCGAGUGUAACGAAGCUACACAAACAGUUGUGGCAUUACAAGUCCGACCAAGCGUGUUCUCACUUCAAGCCCCUACUUGAAGAUGAUGACACACUUGCGCGAAAGUUCCGACAGGCUUGGGACUUAGCAGUUGACAGAUGUACCAUCUGCAACAACCAAAAACGUUCCCUGCCGCAUCCGAAAACGGGAAUCGUCGCAAGAAAUGUCAACCAGGUGGUAGGAGCAGACGUCUUUUACUUCACGGUAAAAGGCUUACAGCGAGCAAUCCUAAUUCUGAUAGACUAUCUCUCACGGUUCACGAUGUUUUACGCCCACGAAAACGGCGGAGACAUCAACGCGGAAGACACGCUUCACGCGCUCCAUGAGUGGAUGUUUGUCUUCGGAAGAUUGCCCAUGUAUCUCCUCACCGGACACGACAAGCCGUUGGUAAACGAGACAGUUCGCGAGUUCUUAGCCACAGGACCUCACCCGUGUACCCCAUUGACAAGUGCUGACUACGAGCACGCGACAACGGGACUCACCGAGAAACGUAUCCAUGUGAGCAAGAUCAUCGGUGAACUUGUGCAGAAAGAAAUCCCGCUAGAUCAGAUGUCCAGCUUACGCGUUCGCGAUGUUCUAUUGGCGAUCGGGUUAGCGAAGAACAGUCUGGUAGGCACACGCGGCUUCUCGGCACAGCAGACGGCUCUAGCGACCACUCACUUCGUGGGUGAUCCCUUACAAGCCGCAAGUUCGACGUUAGGUGCGUACGGAGACCCAUCUGAGCUGCCACGUAAGUUAGCAGUUCAGAGAAUCUCGCUACAGCAUUUGGCAGCACAGGCAGCAGCGAAGGUUCACGUGAGUGAACAACUACAGCAGCUGCUAAAUAUGCGUCUACGGUGUUCAGAUACAGCAGUCUACUCACCGGGUGACCUUGUCGAGGUACAGCCAGCGAAACCGCAAAAAUUUGACUUCGGUCAGACUAGGUGGCUCCGCGCAAAGAUCAUCGACACAGGAGACCCAGGGCAGACGGGUGAAUCUUCGCGCAUGGUGACGGUUAAGUAUCACGGGUCAGACAAAAUUGACACUGUGCAUCGAAAACGAAUUCGCCCAGCGCCAUUAGACGCGCAGCAGAUCUUUUUACCUAGAGGACAUGAGACACCGAGUAACGCAAACGAAGAAGAAGCCGGAGAGCCCGAGGAAGCCGACCAACGAGUACCGCUGACAUUGUCCAACAUGGACAUGAACAGAACGGAGGUUGGUAAAACGGUCAACAGGUUCGCAAGACAGUUUCGACUACUUUGCGAUACCCCGGGCAGACCUGUAGAGGUCGACGCAGGCUUUCUCUCAGCAGAUCUCGAAGUGAAAGUAGCGCGUGUGAUCAUCGCGAAAGACGUUCACGACGCACUGCCUUCUAUCGACGACUGCCGGCCUGAUGGUGAUGAGAUUUUUCAGGUGACAGCCUUCGGGUAUACACGUUGCCGAAAUGCAGUCUCAAUCCCCUUCAGCAGUGAAGAGUUAGAAGCAGGCAAAAAGUUUGAAUUAGUUGUAAUCAUCUACUUCAAACAGGGGAACCUACCGGCAGAGAACCCGCUACAGCCGCCUCAGGUUGAAGCGAGAGCACCACGCGAAGCCGACGACGAGAGCCCGGAGCCUCUAGAAGACGAAGACGCAGUCUUAAAGGACUUGAACAAGAGAAACUUUAAGGCCGUACCACCCGCAAAACAGCGCCGUGAUCAAGUAGGAUCUUUAACGGUGCGGGAACUGCGGUGGCUACUCAAGAAGUACCGCCUACCCACGAAAAGCACAUCUGCAGGGAUGCGCGAAAGCCUAAGGGUGUACUACGACGAACACCCAGAGAACGAAGGUGAACCAGAAGCAGACCAGAGUGACCCCGCCGAAAACGAAAACGACGAUGCCCAGCCCAUGGACAUCGACGAGGGAGCCGCACUAACAGCAAUCUCCGACGUUGUUGAAGUGUUAGGACACAGCCCAGAGGCAGACCUCGACGAAGUAGGAGCCGAAUUCGAAAAGGCAUACCUGGCCAGAAGGGAGCUCACGGUAGCAGCCGCGAAGAAGCAUCCUCACUACGACACAGCAACACAGAGUGAAUUAACGUCCAUCAUGAAGAGUGGAGUUUUCACCAUCGUAGAUCGGAAGGAAAUCAAGUCGAAGGAUAUUGUUGCCCAAUCGCGAUGGGUAUUCACCGAGAAGAUAACUGCUGGUCAGAUGUCGCUCAAAGCGCGACUAGUGUGCAAAGGGUUCACCGAAGAAGGCCUAAGUAAGUUACAGUGUGAGGCACCAACAGCAAAGAAAUGGUCUACUAAGGUCGUUUUCAGCUUAUCGCAGGUUUGGGGAGCUCCACUAUGUUCGUUGGAUGUCAAGACUGCAUACUUGCAAUCUGACACACCUGAAGGGAAACAGGACCAACGCGACAUAUUUGUAGAGCCUCUGAAGACCGCGAACCCCCUUCGCCCACACGAAAUCUUCAAAAUGGCCAAGCACAAACACCUGCACGGCAUGAAGAGAGCCGGAAGAAAGUGGUGGGAGACAUUGGGUGCACAUCUUCGAGAACAGGGAUGGACUCGAGACGAGAUUGAUCCAUGUUUCUAUACCAAGCGCGAUGGUGAUGCAUUGCUGGCAUUACAUGUCGACGACAUGGUCUUUACCGGUACGGACGAACUCUGCGACGAGUUACGGACCAUGUCAGGCAAGUUCGAAGUAGGGACAUUCGACGGAAUUCCAGGCCCCAGGGGAAACUUAAAAGGAAAAGCUAAAGAGAGCAGCUUUAAGUUUCUAGGCUCGGUAGUAUCAAGAGUCAAGGGCAGACUGUUUGUUUCACAAGCAGCAUACCACGAAAAGUUCUCCGAGAUUGCCCUUCCCGGACUUUAUGAGGAGAAGGACAUAUUGCCGCGAGCUUUGCAAUCCGCAGCACGGUCUUCACUAGGGCAGCUGUUGUGGCUCGCAAUUUUCACCCGACCUGAUAUAAUCUUUGAUUGUAUCGAGGCCGCAACGGUGAUUACGACCUACUCCGGCACUGUGAUGCUAAACAAAGUAGUAAAGUAUCUACGCUACACCGGCCCAAUUCUGAUCGUAUAUUUGCCUUUCCACUCGAGUGAAGUUCUCAAUAUAAUUUUGAUCUUCGACGCGAGCUUGGGGAGCAAAUCUGGCGAUGUACGACCGCGAAUGGCAUCGUUGAUUGGAUUCUCGCCCGCUAUGCGAGGAGAUGACCCAUUUGCGAUCGAGAGUGCUGAAUGGUUUCCAUACCACAUAAUUCACUACUUCAGUCGCAUCCAGCGUCGUGCCACGACAAACAGUCUCUCAGGCGAAUCUUUCGCAGCGCAUGAAGGAUUGGACCUUAUGGGCGCAAUCCGCAUGCAGGUAGCACGGCUUGCAUCUACGAAGAUUUGUUGCCAUGUGAUCUCAGACUGUGACACGCUUCUGCGGUCAACUUCGUCUGUUAAUCCACAGAUCACAGAGCUAAUGUUCCUUCCGAUGAUCAAGAAGCUUCAAGAGCAGAUCAGUACUCUGGAGGCACGCAAGUACCAUAUUCCAGGCGUAUUGAAUCCGACAGACGCGAUGACGAAACCGCGAAAGAGGGCAGCUAGAUCGCUACAGCAGCUUCUAGACAUCAUGAAGUCAGGAAAGUUGCGACCGCAAGCUGUACAGCUUCGGCGCAUCGAAGAUCGCGCUUAGGCGUGAUCACAAAGGAGCAUAAAGCAUUGUUCUAGAAGGGAGAGGACGACACAGAGACAAUUUCAUGUCAUCUGGAUCAUCCUCAUUGUUUUGAUUUUUUGGACAUUUUUGACCUUUGAAACAAAUGACACGAUCAGAGACAACCCGCCUUAUGUCAUCUGUUUUGUCUUUUGAUUUUGCAAGAGGCAAAUUGUUUCUGGCCCCCCCCCCCCCGGGAAAACGCGGCAUCACCAUGCAAAGUGAAAAACUUAGCCAUAGUUAUAUAUAUUUUUUAGUUUCGCAUACUAUAAAUAUCUAAUUCCUUUUCUAGUAGCUAUCAAGAUGGCGACCCGUGGUAGAGUCUACACUGUGCCUGAGCGAGCACUUCAGCGAGCUUUCGAACGCGGUUUGCAAAUGACUGGCGUGCGAAAUGAAGUGGAGUGCCAGCGAUACGUCCGAACCUUAGCGUUGGGGCGAAUCUUACACCGGACCAGUGAAGUACGCACCCGCUGGGAGGAAGUGUUGGAAACCAGUGCUGCGCACUACAAAGCACUCAUUCCCAACAUUCAGCUACCUGAAGACAAAGAGGAUUUAUGGUGUCUUGCAUUCAUGGGACCAGGAGGCCGCCAAACCCAAGCACAGCUACGCCAGGUGGGCACGACACCAAAACGCCGGCACCGCCGCAGCAAAAAGGUGACACUUGUACCGAACAAGAAGAAAGCGAUACAGGUACAACCUGGAGACGACAACGAAGACAGCAGCUCCAGUGAGUCGUCUACAAGUUCCUCCUCUGAUUCUUCUGAGGAUGAACCACCAAAGAAAAAGCAGCAGAAGACAAGCGCGAAAAAGGAGACGAAGACCCGAACUGACAACGACCUACUGUCAAGUUCGGAAGAGUAGGAGCUUUUUGAAGAAAGUAAAGAAGGUGAAAGUAGAAGAAAGUAAAAGCGAAAGAACGUAGAACUAAAAGAAAGUAAAGAAGGUUUAAGUAAAGAAAGUUAAAACAAAAGAACGUAGAGUAAAACUUGUCUAAAAGAAAAGAGCUAGCACCAGUUUGCAUUCGGAUUAAAAGGCAUAUCUCAUCUACCAUACGUAAGCCGCAUGUAGAUUCGAUUUUUUUUUCCUUUUUUUUCUUGGGUUGCUGGGAUGUCAAUGCCCAGAUCCCGAAUGCAAACGUAAGAACAAAGUAACUAGAUCACCAGGAGGAUAGUGAUGAAGAUCAUGGUCACCACUAGGAUAAUGAUCAAGAUCAUAAUCACCAUUAGGAUCAUGAUCAUCAACAACGAACAACACAACGAUCAAACCACUAGCACCAUUAGGAUCAUGAUCACACUACUAGGCUGACUAACUUACUAAACUAAACAACUACCAUGACCACACAAGAAGACAACAACAACAAGGAGCAAAAACCACAAUCACGAUUCUCAUACUGAUAUCAGUGACCGGUCAUUUGGGCUAUUGCAUAAAACAAAGACAGUCACGCUAUUGCUGUGAUAUAAGAACGAUUGUGUGUCAAGGGUGCCACUGUGUUCGCUACUUCAUAAAAUGUACAAAGACGAACCUUGCAACCUUCAUAAAGAGAAUUCUCAUUUUCUUCACAGAUAACAUUGCUGGAGUUUCGGCGAAACAUGAGCGCCCUAUGACGGCUCUAUCCACUGCGCACUAUGACGCCAUGGCCGUGAUGCAGUUUGCAACGUUUGCGUUUAUUGCAGGUUUGGCUUCCGGCUGGUGUUUACACCGCUGCCGCCAUCAUCGUGGGCGCCGCGAUGAUACUUAAGUCUUAAAAGAAUCCAUCUUCCUGCCCAACAUCUUUCUGGUGCGUAUCCCUUUUUUCAAGAAAGGCAAACAGAGACCAAGAUGUUCACUGAGAUGGAUAAUUUACUCGAGGUCUAACAUAUUACUCCGUCUUUGCCGAAAUACGGGUCGACUGAGGAGCAGGAGGAGGAGGACGGCGGUGUGGACGAGUGUUAGACUUCUACACACCGGCACAAGGAGAUAUAGAUUGGGGUCUCAUAAGACCUGUAUGAAACGUACAAUUAUACAAAGAAACUGUCUCAUGUCUAAGACUCAACGUAGUAGACUCAACCUCGAAAUUAAGAUUAAAAAUUCAUAAUCACAACGUAGCAGAUCAACGCUGACUGAUGUCAUAAUCGCAAUCCUUUCAUCAACGGUUCACCAUCAUCAUUCUACAAUUUACAACAACCAACAAGAACAACUUCACUAGACUGUCAUAUCCUAUGUAAUCCCCUGAAUUUCCUAGAACAGAAAAGUAGUAAGAACACCACGACAUUUCUCAAUCUUGACAACACUGAAAAACAAGCGACGUUUCUCAAGCUCCACAACACGGAAAAACAAAAAGAUUUAGAUUAUUUGUUGUCUUAUAGCAGAGUAGUUUAUAGCACGCAUGGUGCAUGGAGUAGCAUGGAGCGGAUGGAGCGCAGAGCUUUAAGGGGCGCAAGAAGCUCCCCCUUUAGCUCCAUGCUACUCCAUGCACUCCAUGCCAUGCGAGCUGUGCAACCUUAUAAAUUGCUCUGCUAUAGUAUACGUAUCUGUUUUCACAAAUGAAGAACUAGAUGAAUCGAAUUGGAAUUACUAGACUUUCACUUCAUCGCUUGAUGGAUACAACGAACUAGGAUAAAUAGCUGACCUCUCCAUCACGAUCCACAUCCAGGACCAAUUGGCACUAUCGUCUAGUGCUCAACUACACCAAAAAACUGAUAACGAGCCCGACUUUCUAUCAACCAACUCCAAAUAUGAACGUAUGAACGUGUCUCCUCCACUAGAAGUCGAAGUAGCCACCUUUUGGUAAAACAUCAAGACUGCUCGUGGUGUACGAAAAGAAAGAGUACACCAAGCGGGUCUGAGACAUGUCAUUGGCAAUGUCAAAGUACUAGACAGUGGAGGGCGUUCACCCUUGAAGCUUGAAGUCCAAGAUAACAAAGCAAGUUUAGCACUUGUCAGUCUUGGCGUCUUGUCGGUCUGUGCUGCAAGAAUGGGCAAGUCGUGAUAUUGUUGAACAUAAAGCAAGAUGCUGAGGACUGAGAUGGAUUUACGCAAGGUCUAACAUAGUACUCCGUCUUUGCCGAAAUACGGGUCCACCGAAGAGGCCGAGGAGCAGGAGGAGGAGGACGGUGCGUGGAGUAGUCCUAGACUACUCCAAAGCUAUACUAUAGUACAACACCAUGAUUGAGAUUCGGAUCUUAAUAUAAGGCCCGACAUGGGAAGAUGUACAAGCUAGCUAAACAUGCAUCCUACCACUCAAGAUACAGAUACAUUCAAACCACGAAUCCGUAAGAUUUUUUCAUUGUAAUUCACAACGUUGCACUCACAGAUCAACAGCACUAAAUCUAAAGAAGAUGUGAAUUUAGUGAAAAAACUUCCUGGAAAGCUGAAAAACUUUCUAGAACACAAAACGAAAGCUCUGCCUCAAAACCGAACACUCAGAACGAACCCGUCGACUUCCUAUAAUUAUGCAACUUACUUGCUAUUGCUUGUUUGUGCUGUCAAUCUCCAUCUUGUCAUGUGCC